CUUUAACAAGACCAAGCAGUCAGCAAGGCACCUGCAUUACUGCAAGAAGACACUCCGAAGGGACAGGGCUGGGGCCGAUGGCUGAGAAUAAAAGUAAAAGGGACAGCAUCGGGAUGAGUACUAAGGGAUGCCGGACAAACAAUGGGUUUGUCCAAAAUGAAGACAUCUUGGAGCAGGUUCCGGAUCCCCGCAGCUCAGAGGACAGCCCACAGCACAGCACCGUGGGCAUCCUUGACUCAGAGGAGCCCAACUUCAAGGGUAUCCAGCCCUACGCAGGGAUGCCCAAGGAGGUGCUGUUCCAGUUCUCCGGCCAGGCCUGCUACCGAGUGCCCCGGGAGAUCCUCUUCUGGCUCACUGUGGCUUCUGUGAUUGUACUUAUUGGGGCCACCAUAGCCAUCAUCGCCAUCUCCCCAAAGUGCCUUGACUGGUGGCAGGCAGGACCCAUGUACCAGAUCUACCCGAGGUCUUUCAAGGACAGCGACAAGGAUGGGAACGGAGAUCUGAAAGGUAUUCAGGAUAAACUGGACUACCUCACAACUUUAAAUGUGAAAACUGUUUGGAUUACUUCAUUUUAUAAAUCAUCCCUGAAAGAUUUCAGAUAUGGCGUUGAAGACUUUCGAGAAAUUGAUCCCAUUUUUGGAACAAUGAAAGAUUUUGAGAAUCUGGUUGCAGCCAUACAUGACAAAGGUUUAAAAUUAAUCAUCGAUUUCAUACCGAACCACACCAGUGAUAAACAUGUUUGGUUUCAAUGGAGUCAGACACGGACAGGGAAAUAUACUGAUUAUUAUAUCUGGCAUGACUGCACCCAGGAAAACGGCAUAACCAUACCACCCAAUAAUUGGGUCAGUGUCUAUGGAAACUCCAGCUGGCACUUUGAUGAAGUGAGAAACCAAUGUUAUUUUCACCAGUUUACAAAAGAGCAACCUGAUUUAAACUUCCGCAAUCCUGAUGUUCAAGAAGAAAUAAAAGAUAUCUUACAGUUCUGGCUCACAAAGGGUGUUGAUGGCUUCAGCUUUGAUGCUCUCAAAUUUCUUCUCGAAGCAAAGCACCUGAGAGAUGAGAUCCAAGUAAAUAAGGCUGAAGUUCUGGGCAUGGUCACAAACUACUCCGAGCUGUACCACGACUUCACCACCACACAGGUGGGAAUGCACGACAUUGUCCGAAGUUUCCGGCAGACCUUGGACCAGUUCAGCAGAGAGCCUGGCAGAUACAGGUUCAUGGGGACUGAGAGCUACUCAGAGACUAUUGACAGGACCAUGAUGUACUACGGGCUGCCGUUCAUCCAGGAAGCUGAUUUUCCCUUCAAUAGUUACCUUGCUGAGCUAGACACACUUUCUGGGAACAGUGUGUAUGAGGUUAUCACAUCGUGGAUGGGAAACAUGCCAGAAGGAAAAUGGCCUAAUUGGAUGAUUGGUGGACCAGAUAGUGCCCGGCUGACUUCUCGUGCGGGGAGCCAAUACGUCAACAUCAUGAACAUGCUUCUUUUCACACUCCCUGGGACUCCCAUAACUUACUACGGAGAGGAGAUAGGAAUGGGGAAUAUUUUAGCGACACAUCUCAAUGAGAGCUAUGACACUAAUACCCUUCUCUCAAAGUCACCAAUGCAAUGGGACAAUAGUUCAAAUGCUGGCUUUUCUGAAGGCAGUCAUACCUGGUUACCUACCAGCUCAGAUUACCACACUGUGAAUGUUGAUGUCCAAAAGACUCAGCCCAGAUCAGCUCUGAAGUUAUAUCAAGAAUUAAGUCUACUUCAUGCCAAUGAGCUGCUCCUCAGCAGGGGCUGGUUUUGCCAUUUGAAGAAUGACACUCACUCUGUUGUGUACACCAGAGAGCUGGAUGGCAUAGACAGAAUCUUUAUUGUGGUUCUGAAUUUUGGACAAGCAACACUACUAAAUCUACAGGAAAUGAUUUCAGGCCUUCCUGCGAGACUGAGAAUAACAUUAAGUACCAAUUCUGACAAAGGCAGUGAAGUUGAUACGAAUGGCAUUUUUCUGGAGAAGGGAGAAGGAUUCAUCCUUGAACACAAGACGAAGAAUCUCCUUCAUCGCCAGACAGCUUACAGAGACAAAUGCUUUAUUUCCAACCGAGCAUGCUAUUCCAGCGCAUUCAACAUAUUGUACAGUUUGUGUUAGGCACGUCACGAAAGAGAUGAAGAUGCUGGAAUUCUGCUACAUAGUAAGCACUUGCACAAACUUCACGUUGGUGCAAACUUCAUGAAUGGUCAUUAAUUCUUAGUUUUGUAGCUUCAACGUAAAUGUUUUGAAAGAAUAAUAAAAUGUUAAAA